GGUUUAGUCGCCGCGAUACAUGAUUCUCGUGACGUUCGUCGUUUCGUCUGCAAGCGCGAAAGAAGAUACGUGAACGAAAUAGUAUCAUCCGACGUCGUUGUCAUCGUCGACGUCGUCGUCGUUGUGUCGUUGUUGUUCGUCGUCGUCGUCGUCGUCGUCGUCGUCGUCGUCAUCAUCGUCAUUGUCGUAUCAUAGGUAGUGUUAGUGGUGCUGGUGAUAUGGUGUCGUUUUACCCGUCGAGUGUGCCGCGGAUUCGAUAAAAAGAAACGAAUCAACGAACGAGAAUAAUAAAAUUGGUUCAAGAAAAUUUUAAACGAAAGCAAAAGGAUGAGAUUAAAUGAAAUUGAAUGAAAUGAAAUGAAAUAAGCAAAAGAACGUGUGAAAAAAAAUAUAUAUGUGUGUGUAUAAGUAAAAAGAAAUACAUAAAAAGAAAAGGAUAAAUAAAUAAUAAAAAGAAUUAUUACAUUAGAUUCUUCCGGCGCGAAAGUGUGUCUCUCUCGAAGAAAGCAGGGCUCCGUUUCAUUUCGAGGAAAAGAGAAAGAGAAAGAGAAAGAAAAGGAGAAGGAAAGAGAGAGAGAAAGAGAGACAGAGAAACGGAGAGAGAGAGAGAGAGAGAGAAAGAGCAAGAGAUAGAGUUGUCGAGUAACUCCAAGAAAAGCGAUGAGUGAAAACCGGAAGCGUUCGUGCGUUCAACCCUCCGCGGGUGAGGGCUGAAUUUGGUGGGCGCCAUUUUGUUUUUUUUUUUUGGUAAUCAACUUUUUUCUUUUCUUUUCUUUUUAUUCCUGUUCUCACAUUAUCACGUAAAUAAAAACUCCUCAUCUUCAUCAUAAACUCUCGACGGUCUUCUUCUCAUCUCUCUCAAUAUCGUACGAAAAACGCUGAGAGAGAAAGAGAGAGUAAGAGCGAGAAAAAGAUAGAGAGAGAAAGAUUUCACAUGUGCCAAGAAAGAGGAAUAUCAUUUUCAUGUUUUGUCUGCUCUGUCCGUCUGCACUUACUGACUGACUGACUGACUGACUGACUGACUGACUGACUGACUGACUGACUGACUGAUUGACUGACUGACUAUAAUAAACAAACGCGGGAAGUCAACUGUGAAGAAAGAUCGAAGAUCGAUAAUUAUCUUUGUCUCUUUUUUCUUAUUUUUUUUUUUUUUUGAAGAAGAAAGCACACGGAUUAUUACUAUAUAAAGAGAGAAAGAAAGAGAGAAAAAGAUAAAUAGAUAGAUAGAUAGAUAGAUAUAUAUAGAGAGAAAGACUAUUAAUAGAAAAAAUAGAAGAAAAAGAAGAAGAAGAAGAAGAAGAAGAAGAAGAAGAGGAAGAAGAAGAGGAAGACGACGAGCUCGUCCGGAGUGAAAAGGCGGUCGUGCCGCUUUCACCGAGUAUUCCUUCUCUCUCUCUAUCUAUCUAUAUAUAUAUAUACAUACAUACACAUACAUACAUAUAUAUAUAUACAUACAUAUAUAUAUAUAUAUAUAUAUACAUUUAUUCCUCUCUUUCUCUGUUGCUCCCCCGCUGACUCGUGACGGCACGUUAACGGUCUUUCGCGAACGCGGUACAGAGAAAGAAGAAAUGAUAACGUUCUUCCGUUUCGUCGACGAGUCGUUCGCCUCUUGAACAGUUUCUUUGCUCUUCAAAAAACAAGAAUAUAUAUAUAUAUAUUAUAUAGUAUAUAUAUAUAUUACAUAGAGCAAGAAGAGAGAAGAAAGAAAGAUAAAGAGAUAAAGAGAAACGAUUGUUGUCCUAUUAUCUGAUACAUGUUCUUAUAUCCAUAUAUAUAUAUGUGUAUAUACGCAUAUAUUGAUAGGUGUUAAUAGUCUGUUGAAUUAUCCUCGUCUAUUUCACAAUAACAACAAUAAUAAUAAAUAUAAUACGGUAAUUAUCCGUAUUAUGGAAAGCGAGAUGUACAUUAAAGACCAAAACGAAGAAGAGGUGAUAGAAUAUAAUUUGAAUAGUAAAAAGAACGGACAGCAACAACAAAUCACGAUGAAAUACGCUUCGACUAAUUCGAUACCAUCGACUAUGGAAGAGGAAAAUGAAAAUACGUUCGAUAGAAGAAUCAUGGGUGAAAGAUUUGCCGGCGUUAGGUCGGCGGCAUCGGCGGCCAUCUUGAGAGAGAGUACUACUGGUACUGGUACUACUACUAAUUCUACUACAACUAAUACUAAUCCGAGCACUGUAUCAGCUGUUAAAGCUAGAAGGUAUAGCGUACUCGAGGAUUUGAAAGCACGUAGGGACAGUCUUUGGCAAAGGGCACGCCGUACUAGUACCUUCGAGGAAAAAGAAAAUGCGAAACAACAGAAAAUCGUUUAUGGCAAGGAAAAGAGAAGGAGUAGCGAUAGUGGCGCCGCCAGAAGAGGAUCCGUUUUUUACGUUACCGAUGAUCUACUCGAAGAAAAACAGGAUGUUAUCGUGAAUAAGGAAGAGGAAAGAGCAGCGAUAAUCGAAGCGAAAAAGGGACGAAGAAAAUCUUGGCAUCCGCUUGCCGGUGUUAAACCAUCGAAAUCUGAAAGAAAAAGAAAGAAGGCCGUUGUCGGUGCACCUCCCGAGCAAGUCGCCAGUGCCGAAGCACUUUACACCCAUACGAGACAGAAGAGACCGUCUUGGUGGAAUAUAUUCGUACCUGACUCAGUUUCCAGGUCCAGGCGAAUGUCCCAGGAUGUCACACAUUCGAGAUCAACGGAGAGUCUUAUAGGGACUUACACCAGGAGUAAAAGCCGUAGCGUGGAUCACGGAUUCACAGCACCAUUUGAUUUGGAUACUUUGAGGAACAAGGUCGAAGGAAGAUUCGAAUCCGUCGACAAGCUAUCGAAAGAUUCCGAUAAUGAGAGCAAAGAUGGUUCUACGACACAAGAAAAAAGACAUGGUCGCAUUUCUCAACCAAACAACACUAUCGCGUACACGGUGGGCGACAGAGAUACGCUUACGUCAGUGGCAGCCAGAUUUGACACCACACCCUCCGAGCUGAGUAAACUCAACAGGCUCGGUAGUACCUUUAUCUAUUCAGGACAGCAAUUAUGGGUUCCAAACAAAGGAGAAGGCCGUGCUGGAGGCGGUACCAUAACAGACGCGCCCAGUCCAGAUCCUCCACAGGAUCACGACUCGCAGGACGAUUUACCACCGGAAGAGAAAGAACUUCUAGAUAAUUUGCGACCUGUGUCACCAAAGCCGGGCCACAUUGAAAGAGUGAAGACUCCUCUUGGCAGUGGAAAUGCUGUUACGGAAGAUGAUGAACAACCAUUUAAAGAACGAUUUUUGAAAAUCAAUGUACGCCAUAUUACAGACGGACAGGGUGUGGUAGGCGGUGUAUUAUUGGUUACACCAAAUGCAGUUAUGUUUGAUCCAAAUGUCUCGGAUCCUCUUGUCAUUGAACAUGGUGCUGAAUCUUAUGGAGUUAUCGCUCCAAUGGAAUUUGUGGUCAAUGCUGCGAUAUAUUAUGAUAUUGCUCAUAUGCGAGUAGGACACACAAAAUCCGGAAAUCUAGACAAAAAGCCUGAUAUAUACUAUAUGAAGAAACCUUCUCAAGGGGAUAGUCAGAAAUCUCAGUCACCGGGCAAAGAUGAAACUUUCCCUGAAUUGGCAGGUGACGAUAAUGAAAGUGUAUGCAGUUGUGCGGAAAGGGAAGGUGAUGCUUUUCCAAAAGCUUUCGAUAGAGAGCUCGUAACACCUACCAAUCUUCAAAGUCAGGACGAUAAUUUAGCGACAACCAAAGAGAAGGAAGAAAAGGAGAAAGAUAGUACUGAGAAAGAACCAUGUGUUGGUGGUCAAGCAAGUAGAACGUUAGAAGAACGUAGGAGAUCGAUGUUAGAUCAUCAUUGGGCAGUUCCUAGUAAAGAUCGAAGUACGUUUUCGGUUGAUGACGAACAACAAGAUUCCUUGAAUUCUGAUAAGACAGAAUCAGCAAAAUCCAAUGCCAUUCCUGAAGAUGAAGAAGGAUCUCUAGUCAAAUUGUCGUGCCAUGAUUCUGGCAUAGAUAUACGUGAUCCUAACCCACCGCUUCCAGUUGUUCAACCUAUGCCAUCGAAGAAAGUAUAUUCGGACGCAGACAUUGUUUUAUCUUCGGAAUGGGUCCCACCAAUAACAAUAGCUCCAACUAAUAUCACAACUAGUUCGUUAGAUAGCGGUCCUAACAUCAAUGGUAGAAAGAAAGCUAGUUCAGUAUCGUUUAGUUUAGAUAGUAAUAGCGAAGAACCCGAAAAGGACGAAGAACAUAAGGAGGAUGAUAAACAAGAAUCUAGAAAAAAUAAGAUGUUAAAGCGUUUGUCUUAUCCAUUGUCGUGGGUUGGAAUGGAAGGACUCACAGGUGACCGAGAGGAAGAAAAUAAAUCCGUUUCCGAUAGAGUUUCAAGCUUGCCGAAUAGUGCUGAUUCGCAUCAUUCGUCUGUCUUCAGUAAAGUCUUCUCAAGCUCGCCGAUCAACCUGGUGAGUGACUUUAGCUCGGGCCUCUUUGCUAAAACUCCCAGCGAAGAGAGUGGUGGGGGCGGUAGAGCUGGAGGAACUCCUCCACUUAUCGCCUCCUCUCUCUCCCAGGACUCCAGCAAUGCCCAAUUUUCACCAGGUCCAGGAGGCCUAAUUGGGCGUUCUUCCGUGGGUACUUUCAUCAGACAACAACCUCUAACAUCCUCAGGUAGUAGCAGUGUUGAUAGCAAUCGUGGAAGUAAAACUUUAACGCAAGCACCACGACUGGAUUACCGCAGUAUGGUUUCGGUUGAGGAUAUGCCAGGACUAUUCGUUAGUUUUGACAAACUGAUACCACGACCUGCACGAUCUUGCGAAGAUCCUCCGUUGUACCUGAGACUACGGACUGGUAGACCUAAAGAUAAAAAAAUACCACGAUCUACGCCUAUUAUGAGUUAUGGCAAGAAGAAGCUGCGUCCUGAAUAUUGGUUUAGCGUUCCACGUAAUAGGGUCGAUGAUCUUUAUAGGUUUAUUCACGCGUGGGUGCCUAACCUUUACGGUGAACUCGAUGAAAAUUAUUGGAGGGAACGUGGAUAUAUUCUAUCCGACACCGACACAGAUUUAUCGCCAGAAUUGACACCACAGGAAUCUGGCGAAAGUGGAGAAUCAACUGAAGAGGGAAAGGCUCGCAAUCAAGACGGCGAUGAGAUAUCCGAAUUAACGAGAGAAUCCUGGGAGCUGAUCAAGGCCCCCUACGUAAAGCUGUACACCAUCCUGAAGACAUCGAGCACCUCGGCUGAUUCCGAACAGGCCCAGGACCCGGAGGUGUUGUCUAUGAGCGAGGAGCUUAGAAGAGCUCUAUAUGCGAAUAGCGCAGUCUCGUUGGACAAUGAUAUAAUUGUACCGGAUCUUGUUGGUACGACGGAGAUUCUCAGCGACGAACACAGAGAACACUUAUGCAGACAUUUACCAGCGAGAGCGGAAGGCUACCUUUGGACGUUGGUAUUCAGUACGAGCCAACAUGGCUUUAGUCUGAACAGUAUGUACAGAAAAAUGGGCAAAAUUGAAAGCCCGAUUCUGCUCGUUAUCGAGGACACCGAGGGUAACGUGUUUGGAGCAUUGACUUCUUGUGCUCUACACGUGAGCGAUCACUUUUAUGGUACAGGAGAGUCUUUACUCUUUAGGUUCACACCAAGGUUCCAAGCUUUCAAUUGGACUGGUGACAAUCUUUACUUCAUCAAAGGCAACAAUGAGAGCCUUGCCAUAGGUGCCGGAGAUGGUAAAUUUGGACUCUGGCUGGACGGUGAUCUCUAUCAAGGAAGGACACAAUCAUGUAGCACGUAUGGGAAUGAACCAUUGGCGCCACAUGAAGACUUCGUAGUUAAGACUUUGGAAUGUUGGGCGUUUAUAUAGGAUUUGGCCUCAUAUUAUUCAUCUGCUACCUCGCCCCCCAUACCGCAGCCUAAUUUAACCUGAAUCCGAAUACCUCUCUCCACCAGUGAUAUCCAAAUCUCUAAGGAGGGAUCAUAAAGAAGAGGACACGACGAAGACAUGAAGAAUUAAUCUUUUGACGGGAAGCAACAAAAAAGUAAAAUAAAAUAAACACCAAUACUAUCAAUAAUAUAUACCAACAACACAACAACAACAACAACAACAACAGAAAUAACAAAGAGACCACACUUUUGCCCGAAGAGAUUAAAAUAUUAAUAAUCUUUGAUUGUCGUUUACGCAAAUACACAGUUAAGGGUAUUUUAAAGAAAAAAAUCAAUAAUAAUAAUAAUAAUAAUUAACAAACAAGUAUAUAAGAAAAAAAAGAGAGAAAGAGCAGAAAGGAAAUAUGAUAAAAAUACUGAGUUCAAUCGAUGGAUCAAGAAAUCCGCGUGUCUUUGAAAGGUCGAAGGAUCCACGUAGAUCCGUUGUAAUAAGAAUAAUAAGAGAGAUAAGAAGGAGAUACAGAUUUUAUUUUAGAGCUGCCAAAAGAUAAUGGCGAUGACGGUAGUAGAGAAUUAAGAAAAUGAAGAGGUUUUGAAAGAGAGAAAUAUAAAAGAAAAGAGGCUCAUGAAUUCUCGGAAACGUAGCGCCAGAGUCUUUUAAAUCACGGACUGUGUAGCUAUCGGUUAUUUUAUUAUUAAUAUUAUUACUAUUAUUAUAUUAUUACUAUUAAUAUUAUGAUUAUGAUUAUUAUUAUUAACGUUAAUUGUCCUGUUUUUUUUUCCUUUUUUCUAAGUUUGCGUAUUUAUUUCAUUUUGCGUGUACGUGUGUUGUUUUUUUUUCUUCUACUUUUUUUUUAUUACUAUUAUUAUUAUUAUAUUAUUAUUAUUAUUAUUAUUAUUAUUACACUCUUGCGAACGAUCGUCACAUUGCUAAUUGAAAAAAUCAAAUAGAGAAGUCGAAGGAACACGACGAUCGCAUUUUUGUACAAUGAUAACUUGUUUCGAACUAGUCGCGAAAUUAUGAGACGUUUUUUUCUUUUUUCUUUUUUUCGAAGAGAUUGUGACGCCAUUAUUAAGCGACGAUAUAAUCGUGUGAACGAAAGUGAGAGAGUGCGAGACUAGUGCGAAUGAUUUAGAUGGAUGAUUAUGAUGAUGAUGAUGAUGAUGAUGAUGAUGAUGAUGAUGAUAGAUAUUUAAAAAAAACGAAACGACAAAAAAGAAAUACGAAGGAAUAAAAAAAGAAUGGUAUGAUAGAAAAAGGAGAUAUAUAUACAUACAUACAUAUAUAUAUAUAUAUAUUCCUGAAAAUAUAAAAAAAGAAAAAGAGCAGCAAACGUGGAUAAAACUAAAAUAUUAUAAAACGAUAAUGAAACAACUCACUACAACUAAAUCUAACCGUUUGUUGAUGUGUAGAUAAUGUAGAUAGUUAAUGUAAAUACAUCAUAUGUUAUUGUAUUAAUUUUACCACUAGGUAACAUUGCAGAGGAACACUGCUACGUAGCCGUUAGCUCGUAAUAAUACUAAAACGAAACUAAACGAAAUAAAACAAAAAUAUAAAAAAAAAGAAAAAUUGCAUAUAAUCGAAGACACACAGGUACACAAAAAGGAAACACAGUUUGUGAGAAACACAUACAUAUAUACAGGUAGUUCCCGCUUGACGAAUUCUUGUGUUAAAUGAAUUUUUCACCUAUAAAAACAAAAUUGGUUUUUC